CUGGGCGGGGAUUGUUUACGUCUCGCUGAAGAGCGGAAAGUAGGUCACGGCCGGCCCGGCGGAGCGCGGCGGAGCGGCUGCAGGUUCUGUCCACCAUGGCCAGGCGUCCCCGGAGCAGCAGAGCCUGGCAUUUUGUCUUGAGUGCAGCGCGCCGAGAUGUGGAUGCCCGGGCCAUGGCUCUGGCAGGGACGGCUAACUGGGGCUACGACUCUGAUGGGCAGCACAGUGACUCCGACUCGGACCCUGAGUACUCGUCCCUGCCAUCGUCCAUCCCCAGCGCAGUGCCUGUCACUGGGGAGUCCUUCUGUGACUGUGACAGUCAGAGCGAGGCCUCUUUCUGCAGCAGCCUGUACACAGCACACCGGGGCAAGGACUGCCGCUGCGGGGAGGAAGACGAGUAUUUCGACUGGGUCUGGGACGACCUGAAUAAGUCCUCAGCCACCCUGCUGAGCUGCGACAACCGCAAGGUCAACUUCCACAUGGAGUACAGCUGCGGCACAGCAGCCAUCCGCGGCACCAAGGAGCUGGGGGAGGGCCAGCACUUCUGGGAGAUCAAGAUGACCUCCCCCGUCUACGGCACCGACAUGAUGGUGGGCAUCGGGACGUCAGACGUGGACCUGGACAAGUACCACCACACGUUCUGCAGCCUGCUCGGCAGGGACGAGGACAGCUGGGGCCUCUCCUACACGGGGCUCCUCCACCACAAGGGCGACAAGACAAGCUUCUCCUCGCGGUUCGGCCAGGGCUCCAUCAUCGGCGUGCACCUGGACACCUGGCACGGGACGCUGACCUUCUUUAAGAACAGGAAGUGCAUAGGUGUGGCAGCCACCAAGCUGCAGAACAAGAAGUUCUACCCGAUGGUGUGCUCGACAGCGGCCAAGAGCAGCAUGAAGGUGAUCCGCUCGUGCGCCAGCAUCACCUCCCUGCAGUACCUGUGCUGCUACCGCCUACGCCAGCUGCGGCCCGACUCCGGCGACACGCUCGAGGGCCUGCCCCUGCCGCCUGGCCUCAAGCAGGUGCUGCAACACAAGCUGGGGUGGGUCCUGAGCAUGAGCUGUGGCCGCCACAAGCCCCCUGUGCCCGCGCCCAAGGCCGUGCCCAGCCCCAGCAGCCCCGAGACCCUGCGCUGCCAAAGGAAGCGCUGCCGACGGACCUAA